UGAACCACCCAUAUUGAAAGCCCACAAUAAUACGGACAUUAUACUGCGUCUUCCCAUGGGCAAAAGGAUUAAGGAUAUAAGAUGGCUCUCAGUGUGGUGCAGACGUUUUACGGUCGAUUUUGGUGAAGUCUUUAUACCGCCCGGUUUGGAUGUGCCGAAACCCCGAGUUCUGCCCGAAUUCAAACGUUUGGCCCAUGGUCUGCGUUCGAGUAACAUUAGUGUAUUGGAUGCCAAAACAUUUUAUAUACCUAAUUUGCAUUAUGAUGGUGCCGGGCCGGAUGCCUAUUUCUGGGUUGGCAAUGGAUCGGAACCCAACAUUAUGGGUAUUAAGGUACCCAAUGAAAUUGGUUCAUUGGAGCCCCUGCGCGGCUAUCAAGGUGAAGAUAUUGAGAUCCAACUGCCUGGCAAAUGGACGGUCUACGACAUUGAUUGGCUGGCUGUGUGGUGUGUUGAAUAUCGUCAUAAUUUCGGUCAUGUCUAUAUACCCAAGGAUUUGGAUGUACCACCGGCAUUGGGACAAACGAAAAUUACCACCACAACAACACCCCGCCCAGUCUAUUCGAACUGCCGUGAAAUCAUACCGAACAAGUUGCAAGUCAAAUGGGAAUUGCAGGGUGAAUAUUUACAAAUCGAUUUGCUUGGGCGCAUUAGCGAAGAUCAGUAUAUGGCCUUUGGUUUAUCCGGAGCCAAUGGUAGAGCUCAAAUGGCCCAAUCGGAUGUUGUUGUAGCCUUCUAUGAUACCACCGCCAGAGUGUUCCGGGCCGAGGAUUAUUUCAUCACUGACCUGUCGCAGUGUGAUGGUCAAAAUGGUGCCUGUCCCGAUGAGAGAUUGGGUGGACGUAAUGAUGUUGUUGUCUUGAGUGGUGACCGCAAAAAUGGCGUGACCAGCAUACGUUAUCGACGCCUCUUGCAGACCAAUGAACCAAUUUAUGAUAUGCCCAUACCCACAGAUCGUGAGGUGUCCGUCAUUGCGGCCAUUGGUCCCCUAAACAGUCGCAAGGAGGCUAAUGCCCAUACACACACCGGCAGUGAUCAUGUGGUCGAUGAUGUGCGCAUUAAUUUCUCCUCAAGGUCCGACAACACCUGCAAGCUAUCUCUGUUCACGGUGAAAGAUGAAUCCGGCCCUAAGCCAUGGCCAACACGUAAAAUUACCAAUGAAUAUACAUUUACCGCACGCAUUGGACCCACCGGUGGUAAACGUGGUUAUACCCCGAUUACUGGCAUCCCCUCAUGGGGUAUUGCCUGGUACAUUAAUGAUUUGCUGAUACCUGAGAUCACCGUGGAACGUGGCAAAACUUAUGAAUUUAUUGUUGAAGGUGGUGAUAUAGCCGCACAACCAGCAAGAUACCAUCCAUUUUAUAUUACCGAUUCUCCCGAGGGAGGUAUUGGACAAAAGACUGGCUUGGAAUUAAGCAAACAAAAGGCCUAUGCCGGUGUUGAGUUCGAUGAAGAUGGCAAUCCCAUACCAACAGCAUCCGGCCGUUACUGUGAAUGGGUCCACAAUACCAUUGAUCGAUCAGCUGAAACGGAAACCUUUGAGGAAUAUAUGAAAACCCUGACACUGGUGUGUGAAGAAGGUGAACCAGGCUAUUUGAAUUGGACUGUGCCAAUGGAUGCCCCCGAUACUCUAUAUUAUCAGUGCUUUACCCACAACAAUUUGGGUUGGAAAAUCAAUGUGGUGAAUAGUGGUGCCUCCAGAGGAGGCUUUAUAACAACGAUGUCAACGUUAUGGUAUGCCAUUACGAUGAGUUUGGCUGUCAUCGGUUUUAAUUUGGCGCUGACACACAAUCAAGGCUUCGGGCCACGCAUUGCCUGA